AUGUUUUCUGCUGCUCUACUCCUCACCAGCCUGGCCCUGUCGGCAGUGGCCUCGCCUUUCCCUGACCUACACCCACUUGUUGUUCGACAAGAGCUUGACAAUCCUUUCAAUGCCUCGUUGCCCAAUGUGACCAUCUUGGCCACGGGCGGGACUAUCGCUGCCCGAGGUACUACAAACACCCAGACGAUUGGAUACAGCGUCGGCCUGGGUGUUCAAGAGAUUAUUGACGCCGUACCCGAGAUUCUCAAUAUCUCUAAUAUCCAAGGAUACCAAGUCACGAACUUAGGCAGUUCCUCCAUGAAUAAUACGGUCUUAUUACAAUUAGCUGAGGCUGUGAACGAGGAGCUAGCUAAGGACGAAAUUUCCGGCGUCGUUGUGACCCAUGGCACCAGCACCCUCGAGGAGACCGCGUUUUUCCUCGAGCUAGUUACUAAUACUACGAAGCCUAUUGUGGUCGUGGGGGCCAUGAGACCAUCUACUGCGUUGAGUGCUGACGGGCCCUUGAACCUGCUACAGGCAGUGACGCUAGCCUGCUCUCCGAAAGCGGUAGGCCGAGGCGUCAUGAUUACUUUGAACGAUCGUAUCGGCAGUGCCUGGUAUGCGACUAAGAUGUCAGCCAACUCCCUCGACACGUUUUACAGCACUGAAGCGGGCCAGCUGGGGUUCUUCAUCAACCAGGUCCCGUACUUCUACUAUGAACCUUCCCUACCUAUAGGCAAAGUCUAUUUUGACGUGAGUGGGGUCGAGUCUCUCCCGAAGAUUAGUGUCCUCUACUCGCAUCAAGAUAUGGAUUCCCUACUCUUUAAUUCGGUCGCGCAAAACGGAGCAGCUGGUUUAGUUGUUGCAGGGACUGGUGGCGGAAGCGCGUCUGCCGCUGCAUAUGCAGCUGCACAAGCAGUUUUUAACGAAACUGGGAUUCCCAUGGUUUGGAGUCAUCGGUCUCCCGAUGGGUUUGCGCCACCAAACUCGGCAGCUUAUAGAAUCGGCAGUGGGUUCCUCAACCCCCAAAAGGCACGUAUCUUGAUGCAGUUGGCCGUUCACGCCGGCUACGAUAAUCAAGCCAUCCGAGACCUUUUCGCGCUCGGCUACCCCGCUUGA